ACAGCGGUAUUCCGCGAAAUUGUUUCUUGGAGUUGAGAAAACUGGCUGUUGCUCGCUGUAAAAUAGGACAAGUGGGCGCAGAAGUAGAGGCACACAGAACGGCAGGACAGGCGUCUGGCACAUAAAGGCGAAAAGAACAAAUAAGGAAAAAAAGGAGGAAAAACAGAGGAGCGCAACUGUUCUCUCUCCUGAGUCAGUGUUUAUUUAUCCGCCCAGCAUCCCCUGGAAGAAACACUCUCUAAGGACGACACGUGUGGAUCAUUAGCCAAGGAGGACUGCGGUCUAUAUAAUAUUUUCUCCCCAAUUUUUUUUGUCUAUAGAUAUAUAUUUAUAUAUAUACUCUGCAGCAACUUUGCACAGACUCUCUUCACUCCACCCAGAUCCGCUCCAGUGAUGUCGGAGGUUGAUGCCGUGGACUGCGUCCCUACGCGUCCUCUGGAGAGAACAGAGGACGCCUUAAAAGAUAACCAGGAAAAUGGCACUUUACUAAUGGUCGCGAUGAUAUUAUUGGAUUUAAAGAAAUGUGGUCCGUCCCCUGUCUGCGGCGGAGGGAGCAGCGAGGCGGGAAGGCAGGAGAAAGAGAAGGAGGAGCGGGGGAGCAGCCGGGGGUGCCAAGCUGUCAAGGCGCCGCGGAACAAGGCGCCCGGCAGAACUGAGACCCCCGAGAAGAGGCACGGCUGCCCCUUUGCUGGCUGUGGGAAAAUGUACGGAAAGUCGUCCCACCUCAAAGCCCACCUCAGGGUCCACACCGGGGAACGGCCCUUCAAAUGCACCUGGCCGGAAUGCAGCAAGAAAUUCUCCCGAUCGGACGAGCUUACGCGCCACUACCGCACGCACACAGGCGAGAAGCGCUUCAACUGUCCGCUGUGUGAAAAGUGCUUCAUGAGGAGCGACCACUUGACCAAACAUGCCCGCCGACAUGUGGGUUUCCAUCCCAGCAUGUUGCAGGGCUCCAGCGCUGCCAAGAGACGGCGCUGCUCCAUGUCCAUGUCCUCCUCUGACUCUGGGGACCAAAGCCCUGCAGGAAUGUGAAACACCUACUGUCUCUGUCCAUAUAAUAUUUUUCAGAACGGUGUUUAGUAGAAGGUAACAUACCCUGACAUACCUCCACAUGAAUCUCAGUCAGCCAGGCAAAUAUUCAGGGACUUUCCUUUCACGUGUGCAACUGAUUAUCAUUUAACUAGGAGUCCACUGACUCAUUCCCUGAGGUAAUUUGUAUUUAUUAAGGGUUGUUCAGGGUCUGACAGGGAUGUCUAGUUAUUUUUUUCCUUUUUCUUUAUUUUAUUUUUAUUUUUUACUCAAAGAAUCUCAAAUAAAAAAAAGGACAUAAACAGUAUUGCUCUUAGAAACUCCACUUGCUAAAUCACGUUCCAUUUAAAGAUGAAGUCAGCAGCCAAACAUCAGCUACAGCAUCUUGCAAUGGAUCAAAUCUUAGUGAGAUUUGAGCUUUUGGAAAUUGUCCUAAAAUCCAUAAUGAAGAUUGCUACAGAAUUUAUUUUACAGUUACUUUUCCAUCUAAUACAAUGUGAAUGCACUAUACAGCAGUAUUAUCUUGUAAAUAUAUUAAACAGACAGGAUAUAGACUCUGAAUAGUGUGAAUAGUUGUUAUUAGAGUGUAAUAAAAAAGGUUAAAAUAUAUAGAGAUGCAGAACUUACUUAUUUAAUUUAGUAUAUUUGGCUACGGACUUCAGCUGUGCUUUAAGCUGCUUAAACUGAAAUGUUUUUUAUGCAAUGAGGAACUUUGCAAAUACAUGCACGAGAAAAUAUGACUAUAUUUACAAUACUUCAUUAAUCUCAUGGCAGGGGGAUCCAACUACAACAUUUGUGUUGUUUCAUACAGACUUUGAUUGUCUUAGAGGUGCAGAAAAACAUAACAGGGUAAAGCCUUUUAAAAUCUGAAGUUAUUAUCAUAAAAGAAAAUGUUUGCUUGUUUUUUUAUUUUCCAGACCAUGAUGGUUUUUUCAGUGUGUGCCUUUGUAGCAGAGGAGAAUGUCGACAUUUUAAUCUCUGGGAGGGUUUUGGGGGGGGAUACUGCUUGAAUGGACUUUAGUUUUUCAUAUUCUUCAUGUUGCAUCUUCUCAGAAACACUUUACAAAUCAACAGAUCAGAGACUGUCACUAAUACCAACUGUGCCAGUGGCUGCACAUUGAAAACUGUACAUUGUUUUGUUUGUGACAUGGUUUUUAUAAGUGACUCAUGAUGUUUUGGUCAUGUCUGACCAUAUCACACCCCCGUGUGGUGACAUGGAAGCACAACAUUUCCCAUAAUCCUCAGAAAAAAAGACUCUUGUUUUAUUAUUUUUUGUAGCACUUUGAUGACUGCCUUCAUUUCUUCGUUGAGAGCAAUUGUAUUUCAUCAGGUAGCAUGUCUGUAUUUCUUUUGCUUGACUGGCUGUCCUUUAUAAUACCAACUACUAACAAAGUGAGAGGUCUUAUUAAAAUCACUACAUGUUUAAUCUUAAUUUUUAUACUUGUCUCCUUUCAUUGUAUAUGUUUGCUGGGUGAAAUACUGUUUUGUUUUUUUAUGAUGCAUUAAGAUAAUUGUGAUUAGAUUCAGGUGCCUUUCAGGUGAAAGCUUUUUUUUUCCUGAUGCUUCUGUAAUCAGGAACUAUCAGCGCAAGCCUCGUGUUAUUGCAAGACACACAACCGUGUAAUAAUUACUUCUCGACGUUAUUAAAAUUUCCUUUUAUUUCCCUUCAAA